AUGCAAGCUACCUCUGACCCUACAAAGUCCGUGUCCUUGAAAGCCAACCCACCCAUUGUUAAUGGGUUUGUUACAUGCCCCAAAUGCCAAGUUCCUAUUAAGGCGGAUACCUUUGGAUUAUCCAACUACUAUUGCCACCAGGAAAUCACUACCUAUAGAGGAAAUCAGUGUAGGCAAGAGAAAAUUGAGAAGAAGCAAAAGGCAGAUAAACAACAGGCAAAAGAACAAGCAGUCUUUUCAAGCUUCUUCAAACCCAAGGCCCUGCUGGUUUUGCCUACCAUAUUUGCACCUGCGCUUGUCAAGUCAUCAGCUGCAAGACCAGUAUCUAUUGCCUCCAUCAUUGGCAAAAGUGACAAGACCUCCAAAUGCCUUUGA